CGCCGAGGCGGGGACGGGACGGUGUGAGGUGCGAAUGGGAGGAGGAGGGAGAGGCUCUCCGAGGGGGCCAUGCUUCCAAGGGCGCUGCAGCUCGGCUUGGGCCGGGGCCUCUUGGCCCGGGGACUAGGCACACGCAGAGGAGGCUCUACUCUGGAUUGGGGUGGAAAGGUGCCUGAGUUUAAGAAGAAGAUCCAGUCAUUCCUUCCUGGAGGGGCCUGGAACCCACUGUAUGACACUAGCCACCUACCCCCCGAACACUCAGAUGUGGUGAUUGUGGGGGGUGGGGUGAUUGGCCUGUCUGUGGCCUAUUGGCUGAAGAGGCUGGAGAAGCGACGAGGUGCCAUUCAAGUGCUGGUGGUGGAACGGGACAACACGUACUCCCAGGCCUCCACUGGUCUUUCUGUGGGUGGGAUUCGUCAGCAGUUCUCAUUGCCUGAGAACAUCCAGCUCUCCCUCUUUUCAGUCGAUUUUCUACGGAACAUCAAUGAGUACCUGGCUGUAGUUGACGACCCUCCCCUGGACAUCCAGUUCAACCCUUCAGGAUAUCUCUUGCUGGCUUCAGAAAAAGGUGCUGCAAUCAUGGAAAGCAAUGUGAAAGUGCAGAGACAGCAAGGAGCCAAAGUUUGUCUGAUGUCUCCUGAGCAGCUUCAGAACAAGUUUCCCUGGAUAAACACAGAGGGAGUGGCUCUGGCAUCUUACGGUAUGGAGGACGAAGGUUGGUUUGACCCCUGGUGUCUGCUCCAGGGGUUUCGGCGAAAGGUCCAGUCCAUGGGGGUCCUUUUCUGCCAGGGAGAGGUGACACGUUUUGUCUCUUCAUCUAACCGCUUGGAGACCACAAGCGGGGAAGAGGUGACUCUGAGAAGGAUCCAUGAAGUCCAUGUGAGGAUGAACCGCAGCCUGGAGUACCAACCUGUGGAGUGUGCUAUAGUGAUCAACGCAGCAGGGGCCUGGGCUGGGCAUAUCGCAGAGCUGGCUGGCAUUGGGAUCGGGCCACCUGGCACCCUACAGGGCACCAAGCUACCUGUGGAACCAAGGAAAAGGUAUGUGUAUGUAUGGCACUGUCCCCGGGGACCAGGCCUGGAGACCCCAUUUGUUGCAGACCUCAGCGGAGCCUAUUUCCGCCGGGAAGGAUUGGGCAACAACUAUCUGGGUGGCUGUAGUCCCACUGAGGAGGAGGAACCGGACCCAGGGAACCUGGAGGUCGACCAUGAUUUCUUCCAGGACAAGGUGUGGCCCCAUUUGGCCCAGAGAGUACCAGCAUUUGAGACUCUGAAGGUUCGGAGCGCGUGGGCUGGCUAUUAUGACUACAACACCUUUGACCAGAACGGUGUGGUGGGCCCCCACCCACUAGUUGUCAAUAUGUACUUUGCUACGGGCUUCAGUGGCCAUGGGCUGCAGCAGGCGCCUGCCGUGGGGCGAGCUGUGGCAGAAAUGGUGCUGGAGGGCCACUUCCAGACCAUCAAUAUGAGCCCUUUCCUCUUUACCCGCUUUUACUUGGGAGAGAAGGUUGAAGAGCAUAAUAUCAUCUGAGCCUGCAGGCUCUCCACUGCUACCCUGUCUGUCGCCCUUGGCUCUAAUUGCGGCCCAUGUUUACGUCCUCCGUAGGGCUCAGUUCCUCCCCAUACCAUGCUGGGGCUCCUCCACCCUCCUCUCCUCAGGUCAUUCUGCCCCCACAUGGCUGGCGGGCAGGCAGACUGUAGCCUCUGAGGUUCUGUGCCUGAGGCCUAGGCCAACAGAAUAAUGAGGUGGGACUGAUCCCGGCCUGGGCUGGUGCCACCCACCAAGGCAGACCACUGGACAGAAUACCUUGGGGACCCUGAGCACCAUGGCCCAUGACUGGCUCCCUCCUACUAUUGACCCAGAAACACUGCCUAUGCCCCUCAUGACAGACCUCAGCAGAGCCCAGGCAGGCUGUAUUCAGAGGCAGCUUGGUUCAGGUUUAUUGACUUGUCUGUUUACCCUAUUCAUCAAUCAAUAAAUGCAAUGAACUCCUUC